UUAACUGCCUGCCGCUUGCUGCUUCGGGAACGCGCCCCGCCAACACGCUUGUUGCCCUCACCCCCUCCGAGCAACGUAGCACAAUACAUUAAAUCUACUCUCUCUCUAUUCGGUGCUCCUCGCGGCGGGCGAAUGGCCACUAGUGACCCGGUUUGGAACGACUUCGAUACUGUCAGACAUAGUAUCUCUCGCAAUACUGUGGACAGAUUAAAGCAAAUUUUGGUUGGCCUAAACGAGACAUGUUCCACACACCUCUCGAAGGCUGGAAACAAACAAGCCAUAAUAGACCGUAUAACAGCGACUUUAGAUAGCUUUAAAGUGGCAAGGGCUACGGACAAAUGGAUUAAAGCGAGAUCUAUCGUUCAAAGUGUUCGAUUUGCUGGACCAUCUCCCAGCUAUCUGACGUCUACUUCAUCCCCAAAUGUUACUUUAUCUGCCCUUCAGACACCAACUUUCACCUCCGCAAACACCACCAUCAAGGCCCCUAGCUUUAACUCUGCUGGGCUAACAUCGUCCUCGAUUGGCCGCUAUGAUCCCUACGCCCCCCCUCGCAAGCCUGCGGUACCCACAACACCCUCUACCAGCACCGCAACUACCUCGAAACCAGUCGUUCGUUUCAAGGAAUCACCUUUCUACCAUGUAAACCAAACGAUUUCCAGUAUUAUAGAAUGUCCAGAAUCCUCGAGCGCCACAGAUCGUCGUUCGCAGGUGUUUAACUUUACUCUGACCAAUGAGCAACUCGCCAAACUCAAAUCCAAUAGCCCGAAGUACCAAGUACGGCUUUUCUGCACUUCGUCAAGUUUUUACUCGCCGAAUACAACGUCUUUUCGAGCAACGCCUUGCCUCGUGGAAUUUCCUCCGACAUGUGAAGUCCGAGUAAACAGUGUGCAAAUCACUGCAAACCUCAAAGGGCUCAAGAAGAAACCUGGCACUGCUCCCCCACCAGACCUGGGCAAGCAUAUAAAGCUCAGUACCGCUGCAAAUCGGGUCGAGAUGAUUUACGUCAACAGUCAACAACCAGUAGUCCACAAGAAAUUCUACCUGAUAGUGCAACUUGUUGAGGUUGUUGCUGUCGAAACUCUGGUUCAAGAUUUGAUUCAGAAAGGGUACAAGAGUAGCCACGAGAUUCGCAGCGAGAUGGUGGCCGCUAUGUCAGAAGACGAUGACAUCGUCGCUGGAUCGCAAAAGAUGUCUCUCAAAUGCCCGCUGAGUUAUAUCCGGGUGAACACUCCCUGUCGCUCAAGGAAGUGUCCACAUUCCCAAUGUUUUGACGCGACAUCAUGGUUUUCUGUCAUGGAACAAACAACAACUUGGCUUUGCCCGGUUUGUGAGCGAAUCCUUGAAACAACAGACCUGAUCAUCGACGGGUAUUUUGACGAAAUUCUCAAAUCAAGUCCUGAUAGUGUCGAGGAUGUCGUUGUGGAGGCAGACGGCGAAUGGCAUACUUCAGACAAUAAGUAUGGGUCGAAAGUGUGGAAAGCCAGCCAUGCCCCCGUUGCGAAACAACAAUCUACGCCUAAACCUCUCCUGAAGAGCGCCUCAAAGCCGGAUCCCAAUGGCAAACGCAAAGCUAUGGAAAUAGUGAUAUUGGAUUCUGAUGACGAAGAUGAAGGUCGGGUCAAGCGUGAACUUUCGCCUUCUUUCGCCAGCUCAUCAUCUGGGAACCGCUCAUUUGAAAAUAUUCCUCGCACAUCCACAAGCCGCUCACAACCAGAGGUCAUUGAUCUUACAAUAGACUCAGACGACGAAUCACCCCCACCGCCGCUACCACAACCUCAAAGUAAAAGGACCGCGUCGGAAGCUGGAAUUUCAGCCUCCCCUACUGAAGCUAUAUGGAAAAAGGGAAGACUGGAAUCCAUACGAUCACCACCAGCGGAUUUUCCACGCGCUGCUGGUGUUGUCCCGCUUGUUGCUUCGAGGACUUUACCUCCACCCCCUGCUGGGUUUACAUCCGUACCUUCAGUCUUCAAUAUUAAUCGAGGAACGAUACCUACAAAUAGUUACCGUUGGUCGUAG